AUGACCGAAGAGUCCGUCUUAGGGGACUUGCAGAGAUUGGUGAGCUACGAGGGUCCAGAGGAACCCUUGGCAGAACACUUGGCAUUCCAUGAAAGCAACACACAGGCGGUCCAGCUGCUGCAGAAGUCCUUGCGCGGUGAGACGGAGAUGGCCGAGAUCCAAGCGCUGAGAGCUACAGUCCGGAUCCUGGGAACUUUGGCAGGUGAUGCCACAGGCGACACCGUACCGGAUGUGAGCUCCUCGGGGUCUCCGUUGGCACAAGCGCUUCGCUGCGAGGGGCUCACGGGAGCCGUCUUGGAGCUGCUGCAACGGUGGAAGAGCCCAAAGGAGGAGCGGCCCUGGCUGUUGCUGGAAGGGCUCCGUGCCUUGCGGCUGCUGCUGGUACUACCCCUAUCGGCCAAGAGCGAACAUCGUGCGGGGAAGAGGAAUACGGCUGCAUGGUGGGUUGAGGAUGAUGUUGGGUACGUGCGCCACGGCGAGGCACGGCGGCGCUUGGGCGAGGUGUUGGUGACCGUGCUGGACGAGGUGAAGGAGUCUUCCAAAGCGGAGAUGAAAGCAGCUGCCUUUGGAGCCCUACAGAACUUGGUGACCGGAUCGCCCGUGGCCUUCCGGCACCUGGCACAAGGGCCCGUGGCGGAGAAGGUGGUUCUCCUGACCGAGGCGCAGCUGAAAUCCUUGCCUCACGCGGCCGUGGGGGAUGGGUGCCGCCUGCUGACGCUGCUGUGUAGCGGACCACGUUCGCAUGUGCGGCGGGUUGCCGAUGCACAAGCGCUGCCCUUGGCGAUGGAGCGGCCCUCAGACUGGAACCCGGUGCAUCCACAGGUCGCCCCUGCCGCCGUGGUUCUCUUGGGAGUGCUUUGUGAGGCGGUCGACCCGCAGCCCGGCUUGCUAGAGCUGUGUGCCGGCCCUGCCAAGCAGUUCUCCAAGCAGAUUCGUGACGAGCUUGGCUGGGCGCGUGCGCCUGUGGCAAGCGCGGUCUUGGCCUUGCUGCCUGAGGGAUAG